CUCGUAGGGGUUUAUAUGUUUUGGGGGUAUUGUUUUUCUCCAGUACCUUCUUAUCAAUCCUUCACAGAUAGCACAAAACCCAGUGGGAAACGAGUUGUUGGAGAUGUAGCUUAUACUUCAGCAAAGGAGAGAGCGGCUUACAUCACCCCUGUGCCUGGCGGUGUUGGACCAAUGACAGUUGCAAUGCUGAUGCAGAGUACAGUAGAAAGUGCUCAACGUUUUCUUGAGAAAUACCAGCCUGGCAAGUGGAAUAUUCAGUACAGCCUACUCAGUCCUGUAACUCCUGUUCCAAGUGACAUUGAAGUUUCACGGUCAUGUACUCCUAAGCCUGUUAGUGAGCUGGCCAGAGAAAUUGGCUUGAUUUCAGAUGAGGUAGAGCUGUAUGGUGAAUGCAAAGCUAAAAUUUCCCUGUCAACAUUGAGGCGUCUCAAAGAUCAACCAGAUGGCAAAUACAUUGUAGUAACAGGGAUAACACCCACACCACUGGGAGAAGGGAAGAGUACUACAACAAUAGGGCUGGUUCAAGCUUUGGGUGCACACCUUGGUCAGAAUGCAUUUGCCUGUGUUCGUCAGCCUUCUCAAGGGCCUACGUUUGGAAUUAAAGGUGGUGCAGCUGGAGGUGGCUACUCUCAGGUUAUUCCUAUGGAAGAGUUUAAUCUUCAUCUCACUGGUGACAUCCAUGCUAUUACUGCUGCCAAUAACCUGGUAGCCGCUGCUAUUGAUGCCCGCAUCUUCCAUGAGGCUACACAGUCUGAUCAGGCACUCUAUUCGCGGUUGGUUCCUUCAGUUGAUGGUGUUAGGAAUUUCUCUGAUAUCCAGAUCCGGAGGCUACAGAGAUUACAUAUUAAGAAAAUGGACCCAGCAACUUUGACAAAUGAUGAAAUAAACAAAUUCGUGAGAUUGGAUAUUGAUCCAGAUAGCAUAACAUGGCAACGAGUAUUGGACACAAAUGACAGGUUUCUGCGAACCAUCACAAUUGGCCAGUCUUCAUCUGAGAAGGGAUACACACGUGCAGCCCAGUUUGACAUUACAGUAGCUAGUGAGAUCAUGGCAGUCUUAGCACUCACAGACAGCCUGGAGGAUAUGAGACAACGCCUGGGCAAAAUGGUGGUUGCCUCCAGCAAGAAAGGUGUUCCAGUCACCACAGAAGAUCUGGGAGUGAGCGGUGCCCUGGCAGUUUUGAUGAAAGAUGCUAUUAAGCCCAACCUCAUGCAGACUUUGGAAAGUAAUCCAGUGUUUGUCCAUGCUGGUCCAUUUGCUAACAUCGCUCAUGGCAACUCAUCUGUCCUGGCAGACAAGAUUGCCCUGAAGCUCGUUGGCAAGGAUGGGUUUGUUGUGACUGAAGCUGGCUUCGGAGCUGAUAUUGGCAUGGAAAAAUUCUUUGACAUCAAGUGUCGGUAUUCCGGUUUGCAGCCUCAUGUGGUAGUCUUGGUCGCCACUGUCCGAGCUCUGAAAAUGCAUGGUGGAGGCCCCACAGUAAGUGCUGGUCUUGGUCUUAGGGAAUCCUGUGUGCCAUGAUGAUCUGGAACAUGA